CAGGGGCUUCCUGCUGGACAUUCGGGUCGGUGUCGGUCGUGGAGGCGCUGUCGUCUUGGUUGCUCUCCAGGUCGGCAGGCUGGUAAGGUCUUGGAAGGUUCCGUUGUACAGCUCGCUUGCCUGGUCUCGGCUGUUUCGAAGGCUCGCUUAAAGGUCGGACUGCCCCUUAUCCAGGCGUUGGAGCGUCUCGGUAAUGGCGGAGGACACGCUGGCGUUAGCUCGGUGCGUUCACUCUUUCUCGCGACCUUGUUGGAUCUGAACGGCGCUGGAGGAUCCUCCUGUCGCAAGCCGCACUCUGAGACUGUCGCCGCUGUCGAGGAAGAUGUCGGCCGGCUCGAUACGUAA